UCCCUGCGCCCGAAGCGCCCUGACGCGAGCGCGACUGAGGCGGGGCUGCUGGAGGCGGACGGCGCACUGCAAACAGGGACCGGAGGGGCUUGUCCGGGAUGGUAGCGCUUCCGUGGUCUCCGAGCGGUAAUCGCCGUGGAGGCAAGGCGGCUGCCUGCGGCGGCGACUGUACGUGCGUAAUGCAGCUGCCCGCGGGAGGAACCGGAGACUAGCCGGCGCGCGCGCGUCCCGCCCGAGCCCUCCGAAUCCGUGGAGCUCCGUUGCGCCGCGCGUGGGUGGCGUUCUGGUACUCUGGCCCCUGCGCGCUCGGGAGAGACGAUGAGCUGGGCCCUGCUGCUGUCGCUUCUUGUGACCUGCGGCUUGCUGGGGAUGCGGCCCCUGCCCGCCCAGUGCCAGGAGGCCCAGACCCCGGACUGGAGGAUGACGCUGAAGACCAUCAGGAACGGCGUCCACAAGAUCGACACUUACCUGAAUGCUGCUUUGGAUCUCCUGGGAGGAGAGGAUGGGCUCUGUCAGUAUAAGUGCAGCGAUGGAUAUAAGCCGUUGCCUCGCUAUGGCUAUAAGCCUUCACCACCCAAUGGCUGUGGUUCUCCCCUUUUUGGAGUUCACUUUGACAUUGGCAUUCCUUCAAUGACAAAAUGCUGCAAUCAACAUGACAGGUGUUACGAUACCUGUGGCAACAAAAAACACGAUUGCGACGAGGAGUUUCAAUAUUGCCUCUCUAAGAUCUGUAGAGAUGUACAGAAAACACUGGGAAUACCAGAGAGCGUACAAGCGUGUGAAUCAACAGUUCAACUAGUGUUUGACGCAGUCAUACAUUUAGGAUGCAAGCCAUACCUUGACAGUCAAAGAGCAGCAUGUAUGUGUCGGUAUGAAGACAAGACAGACCUUUAAGAGAGAAGCUUUCGACCUGGUUCAGUUCAUCUGUAUUGUGAGAGCUCUUUUGUUGUUACAAAGCUGUUUAAAGCAUACCGUCGGAGCGUCAAGGUGGUCUACACUUCUGUAGAAGACACUACUUUUUUAUAUAGCACUUCUUCCCUCUGUCACCUUUGCACACAUCCUUAAUCUUUAAGGAUCUUUUGCAUACAACUUUGAAAGCCAAAAUUGCAAUUUCGGCAACUGGCCUCGGAGUGGUACCUCUACAUGAGUUUUUUCCUCUUGAGGGGAUUGUGGAUGCUGCUCUUAAACUGAUAGAGGUGAACACCCCUAACUAUUGCGUGGGGUAAAAAGUAGGUCAAACUUUGGUCUUACCAGCAUUUGGCAUCUCCUCAGAGCUUUGCUUUAUGGAAAGAAGGGAAAUGCCUUAAAAAUGUAUGGGUUUUGUUUGCAAUCUUAUGCUGCUGUUAUAGUGGAACAUUCCCUUGAGUAGAUAUUCUGUUUUUGCUUCUAUAGUUCAGUCCUGUGUAUGUUCAAUUAAUUAAUGAACCUUAUGAAUGUUCAAUUAAGUCUCACUGUUCACUGAGGCUUACUUACCACUUAGUAAGUAUAUUUAGAUUUUUCAGCCUUACACAGCAAUCCUCUGCGUGCUUACCUAGGAGUAAGCCCCAUUAAAAACAGUGGAGCUUACUUCCCCCCAGAAGACACAGACCAAGCUUUAUUAAACAUUCAAUAGUACCGGUACUUAACAAAGAAAAACCACAGUAAAUUUUCUUUCUACCCACCCCGGUUUGUAAAUAAAAAUCAGCCUUCAGCAGGCCAACAUGUUGGCGCCCUAACACCUUCUUUAAGAGGCUCCACUGAAUGAUUCUCUUUCAUGCCACACAACACUGUGGCCUUUGCAUUUUUGACCCCUCUGGUGCUGUUUUCUGUUACUGUACUUGUUUCGCUUUUCUGCAGCGGAAGACCUGCAUUCACAGCAGGCCGGGAUAUCUGUGAUAUUUUGGUCAGAGCAGCAGCUGUGGUCCCUGUAACUCAGGCAUCCCCAAACUUUGGCCCUCCAGAUGUUUUGGACUACAAUUCCCAUCAUCCCUGAGCACUGGUCCUGUUAGCUAGGAAUCAUGGGAGUUGUAGGCCAAAACAUCUGGAGGGCCGCAGUUUGGGGAUGCCUGCUGUAACUCUUCCAUCAGCAGUUGUGGAAGUUGUAGGCUGCACCCAUUUCCUCUCUUUGGGGGGUUUGUCUACGUAGAUCUGCCUCUGGUUAUGCUGAGCUGUUUGAAAAGUGGAGCUCUUGCUAAGUACCAUCACCGAAUGCGGUGGUCUAUGGGCUUUCUCUGCUCUUUUAACUUCCGAAGUUCUUUAUGAAACUCCUUGUGCCUGCUCUCCUUUCGGGAAAUGGACUUUUGGUGGGCAAGAUUUGCCUUCAAAGUCUCUGUACUUAGGUCCUUUCUGUACCGAGCAGCAAAAGUGGCAGCCAUCCUGCUGCUUACUCACCGACCGCUUCCUACCAGCUCCAGCAUCGACCCCCAAACCACCUCUUGGCUCACCUAGGAUUCCAGUGGAGCUUACUUUUGAGUGAAUAGGCGCCAGAUCACUAUUCGCCUCUAGCAACAAUUAUAGCAUGUCAGAUUAUUAAUCUCAAUGUUUAAGGAUUACCUUAAUGGGACUUAGAUGCAUCUGAAUCCAUUUAUACAGCAGAUUCUCAAGUGCCUUAAAACUAUAGAUGGUAUCCAACUGACUCGUAUUCGGAGUAAAUCCACUACUGUGUACUUUAAGCACAUGAACCUCAUUGGAUCUACUCUUGAGGAUUACUUAGUUGCAUAUCUCCCUUAAAAAUUUAAAUGCUAUGUAAAAUAAUUAACUGACAAAGUUAAGUCGUUUACAUGUUGGAAUUCUAGGGUGCAUCAAAUCCAUCUGCCAAAGCAGUGAAACCAAGCUAUUGAUUCCCCUGCCCCCCAAUUAUCCAAGAACAUUAUAAAUUUUUAAAAUUAUUUUUGAUCUCUAAUCAAGUGUUUUAGACACAUAGACAUUCUGCGGAAGUAAAGGUGUCUUAAUAUGUAUUAUUGGCCUGAGCAUGAGAAAUAUUUGCAUUUAGUGUGCAGAGCAUUUGAGUAUCAAACAUGUUUCUUCUGUACUGUUUCAGAACUAAACGAUAAGACUAAUGAAUACUUUUACCAUUGUUUCUGUGUUUUAGGCUUAUGGAAUUGCUUUGAGAACUCUGCAAGGGUUAUUUCCCACUUGAUUUUUAAUAAUUUAUUUGUACUUUCACAUUUCACUUUAAUAGAAAAAGAUUCUAAUUUAUUUGUCUGUACUUUGCUAUUUGACAUUAAUAGAAAAAAAUUCUCUUAAUCUUUUCUAUAUAUAUAUUUUAAAAUGAUGUCAUUUGUGAGAAAUAAUCUGUUUCCAUGCUGCUAAUGUUAAUUAUAACUGACCCAAUGAAAACAGUGGGGCUGUUUGCCCUAUUAAUUUUAAUAGGUCUUGGUCACAACCAACUUGAGUUGGAUCGAAACCUACAAAAUGGGUGUUCCAUUUUUUAAUCUUGGAUUUUAUAGAGGUUUUUUGUCAAAUGUAUUUUGUCUUUUUUGAAAGAAUGUGAACUUUUAAUGCUGAGUUGUUCUCAAGUUCUGAACACUCAAGCACUAGAAACUACUGAAUGAAAUUACUUGAAAAGUGGUCUGUGAUAUAUUCUGGGAAAUAAGGGAUUUCUUUAGUGUGAAAAUUUGUGGGGGGAAAGAACUGUAUUUGUGUAAAGUGGGGGAGAAGAAUUAAAGAGUCAAAGCUAUGUAUGUGUCCUCUCAUUUUGCUAUAAAUAAAACUUAACUGAGUAGCAUACUAUACUGAGGAAAAUCUGCAGGAUUCAUUUUACAAGCCUUUAUUCUAGCUGCAUUUGGAUGUAAAAUGAGAGCCUGCAGCACCCAGUGUGGCUCCAAGGUCAGAAACUUUCCCUUCUAUUUUUGGCUAGCUGUAAUUGUCUGAAGCUAGACAAACUGUGGUUAGUCGUAACUUUUGUUUACUGGCGCAAGCUGGUAAGUGACUUACGAAGCUGGCUUGUUUCAAUAAAACUCUGGUUAAGAGUAGGUUCAGAACUAAAGCUGUAGGUUUGUGGUGAAGUAUUUAAUACAAGGCUCCAAAAAGUACACAAGUGUAUAACAACCUUUCAUCCAAAUACACAACUGCAAUGAAGAUGCAAUUCAAACAGCAAAUUUCAGUUACUAGUGUGGCCUGCCAAGAGCAUUCCUAGCAAUGUGACUCAAAGCUAGUAGUUUAUAUUAUUAGCUUGCUGUAGGUACAAAGUUCAGCAGGAGCAAUCUGUGAGACACAAACCAAAGCCAGAGGAAAGGAAGAGCAAAUUACUUUCUCUAGAUAUUUUAAUGAAAGCAAUGGCAAGCCAGAAGCAAGAGAACUUCAAUUUGGAGAAGUUUGAAGGAACGUAAACUUUAAUCAUGGAUCUAAAAUCCAGAACUGGUACAGUCACAUACCCCCCUGCUAAAACACACUUUGGGGUAGAAGCAUUUAUAUUGGCCAUUUAAUGCUGGGGAAUAUAAAGGUUCUGGCCAGUUAUAGAAUGCUGAGCUAUGUUCCCAUUGCAUUCUUAAAAAAUGUUAAUUCAACAAGCAUGGCAUAACACUUUUUUUGGCAAUGAAAUAUCAGUUAUAUAAAUAGUGACCAAGGUUCCUUCUGAAUAUUGAAAAAAAUGUCAAUACAUUUAUAAACUAUUGCACUUGGUACAAUAUCCUGAAAAAUAUCUGCUUUUGUUUCUGAAAAAGGAAGUUUAUUUCUAGCCAUUUAUAUUGAGAUGAUUGGCUUGAAAGCGUAAAAGUAAUGCCUGGCAAAAUAUUAGGCGCAGAAGGAAAGGCGUCUGCAGCUCUGAAGAUAAUUUCUAGUUACAGGUGGUGCUUGGGCUUCCAUACUCUACAUCAGGCAUCCCCAAACUUCGGCCCUCCAGAUGUUUUGGACUACAAUUCCCAUCACCCCUGGCCACUGGUCCUGUUGGCUAGGGAUCAUGGGAGUUGUAGGCCAAAACAUCUGGAGGGCUGCAGUUUGGGGAUGCCUGCUCUACAUAGCUCAUUUGUCUUCCUCCACAAUUUAAAGAUUUGUAUACUGCUUGACUGUCAUAAAACUUUUAAACAGUUUACAAGAAAUAUUAAAAUUAUCAGUGAAAACCAGUUAAAACCAAAUAAUUUAAACAAUUUAAAAGAUAAUUAAAGUGAACAAUAAAAGGUUACAGCAUGUCAAUAUGUGUCUGGGAUUAUUAUUUAUUGUUAAUGCAAACUGAAUAAAUUUAUACAGUAUAUGGGUCAGAAAUCUGGUUACUGUGACCCUGAUAAAUAAAACUACUGUGAUAGUUUUAUUUAUGUUAGCACAGGGUUGACACAACUGUGACUAAGAUCAAAGAUUCCGUGACCAAGGUUUAAACUGGUAGUUUGGAAAGAAAAGGCGAUUCUUAUAUAGGAGUGUCGUAACACAAUGGUAGAGCACAUGUUCAGUCUCUAUCUCUGCAUAGAGAGCUGGGAAAUGCUCCCACCUGAAACCCCACCAUCCAUUGUAGAACAUGCAGACCUAGGUGGACCUAGGCAGCUUCCUGUAAUGUUAAUCAGGCUGUCCUGGAAGUGGUCACCACAAAAGACACCAGGUUUAAGUGGCACUAAGUGGGAAAUUGCCAGCCUUUUGAAGAAACUUGUGCACCUACAGACAGCGAUCCCUCUGGAAGUUGCCAACUUGCACAAUCCUAUAUAUGUCUCAGGAGUUAGUCCCAGUGGAUUCAUUGGAGCUCACUCCCAUGUAAGUAGGGAUAGAUCCUUAGACUUAAGGCCAAUUUAAGUUACUGGGUUGCAGUCAAUGGUAGCUUUGUGUCAGCAAAUGUGCUUCUGCUAAUAAUAUGAGACAACCCAUUUUCAACAACUCCCCCUACAGUUUGUGGACCAUACUUAUGCUCUACCCAGCUGGCAGGGAAAGCUUUUGGGGGUUGGAGGAAUUGUGGUUAGAAACAGCAUAUGUCACGCUAGUGGCUUUUUUGUGUUGGGUUUCAUCACAGGUGAUGUGUAUAUCCUCUACCACCCUGCCAGCAGCCUGUAUAUCAUGUUUUAUUUUUGUCAAGUGGAAGCAUUGGUACACACUCUUGAAUGCUAACCAUUUUUAUGUCUAGUCAAUUACAUUUUCUUUCUAGAGGAGGGCUACAGCCUUACAGCAGUUGUGUGGUGGUGAUGGAGGCAAUGAGAAUAUCCAGAGAUACAAGGGGUGUUCAUUAAAGAUUUCCCCUGACAUACUUCCAGUGGACUGAGACAAAUGAAACUGGGCACAGUUAUUAGUCCUUCUCUACAUAGCUACCAGCAAGAGUCAAACAUUUCUCUCAUCACUUUAUGCAGCUGUGGAGACCUCAUCCGUAGAAUUCGGCAGGUUGCGUCAGAAGUCAUGACUUGACCUCAGAAACCAGCAUUUCAUCAUCUGGAAAAAGUUUGCCCUUCAAAAAUAACUUCAUGGUUGGAAAGAGGUGGAAGUCUGAUGAUGUGAGGUUGGGAGAAUAAAGGGGAUGGAGAAAGAUUUCAUAGCCACAGGACCGUGCUUCCGUCUGAGCAACAUGCAAGUUGUGAACCAGGCCCGGCAUUCUCCUGCAGGAGGUGGACACCUUUGGUCACCAUGCCUCUCUAUUUUGAUAGCCUCUUGCAAUAUCUGUAGCAGUGAAGCAUAGUAUGUCCCGGUAAUUGUGGUACCCUUUGCCAGGAAAUCCAUCAUCACUACUCUGCGCUGGUCCCAAAAAGCCGUGAGCAUGACCUUGCCUACUGACGGUUGGACACAUGCCUACUUUGGAGGUGGUGAGGCAGAGUGAUUCCAUUGUUUGGACUGGGAUUUAGGCUCUGGGUCAUAAUGAUGGACCCAUGUUUUGUCCUCAGUAAUUAGUCUGGCGAAGAAGUUAUCAUGGUUUUUGUGACACAUGACCAAAAGAGCCUGUGAGCAUGUGACUUGUUCCUGCUUCUGGAAAGGCGUCAGCAGCCAGGGAACCCACCGUGCAAACACCUUUCCCAUGUGCAAAUGGUAAUGGAUGAUUUUUUCUACAGAGCCCACACUGAUCUUGACAUCUGCAACUGAACGGUUAUGCAGCGAUCCUCAAUGGAGGAUUGUGGUUGCCCAGGAAUGGGAGCCAUUCCACCGAAAUCCAACCACGCUUGAACUGAUGAUGCCAGUGCUUGAUUACGUCAUACGAUGGGGCAUCCUCCCCAUAAGUCCCUUUCAUCUCAUCAAACGUCUCCCAUGCUGUGCGCCCUUUCAAGUCCAAGACUGCUCUGCAUUCAACUGGUUCCAUUAUCAGAUGUUACUCCACGUUAGCAUCUGUAACAGAGAAACUGUUAGGAGUUCAGAGCUACAAAUUACCACAUUACCUAUGGAGAGAUGUAUCAUUUUACUGUACAUGUGCAAUUUCAUCCUCCUACGAGGGUCAAGGGAAAUGAACGCCCCUCGUAAAGGCAGAAAAACUGCCUUAUAUUAUGGGAAAUUUCUUUCAACGUGUCCACCAAAUCCCCUAAAGAUCCUUUUCACAUGUACUGCUAGUAAGCUAGGUGUCCCCCAUCUUAUAUUUCUGCAUCUGGUUCUUCCUGCCUAAGUGCAGAACCUUACAUUCAUCCCUACUGAAAAUCACUUUGUUAGCUUGGGCCCAGUUCUCUAAUCUGUUAAAGUAAUUUUGAAUUCUGAUUCUGUCUUCUAUGCAUUGUUACCCCUCCCAAUUUGGUGUCAUCUGCAAAUUUGAUGAGCAUCCCUUCAAUUCCUUCAUCCAAGUAGUUUAUUAAGACAUUGAACAACAUCUUUUGCCUCCAACAGCAAAAUGGGCUGGCCUGCUCUUUAAAUUAUGUUGUAGGAACAGGACCAGCACAACUAUUGGCCAAUAGGCAGCAAACCGUUAUAUAUUUCUUAUCAAUGUGUGUAUUAAUCCCAGGAAGAGAGCCUGUGCUAUUUUUCUACCUCACAACUGGGCCAGCCUUGCAGCUAUAUACCUUCGGGAGGUUGGGGGCUGGCAGCGAAAACAAGCCUCGGGGACAAGCCCUGGCGAGUUCUUUGACCUUCGGAGGGAAGGAACACGGAAGCUUCCUCGAGCUGUGCGUCCGGAGGCACGUCCAGGCUGGCACCCAGCAGCAGCAGCCCACGCCCCGCCUCGAUAACCGAGAGGGACAGAGGAAGGAGAAAUCCAUUUGGACAGCAAGAAUGUACAGCAAGAAGACAGAGAUGGACAGCAAAACGACACCGAAACAGAUGCCAUUGUUGAAAG